AUGCCCAAGCAGAUCUGGCGCCGAAUCUCACAAUAUUUCGGAAGACUGUCGCAAGCGUAUUGCAACACAGCUUCUGCUUUGCCGGGCACUGGAGCUCUCAAAGACUGUGUCGAGAUGAUCGAUCUGUACGCACGCAUACGCCGACGCAGGAACUGUAAAUCACGUGCAUUGCAGACACUGUCUGGCGCGCGCGCAGAGUAG